AUGGAGAAAAGACAAGACAGGAGUGAAGAUUUCACAACCGAUAUUCAUGCUUACCUUGAUCCUAACCAUAACCUUUUUCUAGUAAAUUUUUUUAUAGGCCAACCACCUAUUCCUCAAUUAGCAGUAAUGGAUACCGGAAGCAGCCUUCUAUGGGUUCAAUGUCUCCUUUGCCUCCCCAAUGCUCCAAGCGGUAUGGUGCCAUAUAUAAUUCUACAAACUCCUCAACAUAUACUAGAUUGCCACGCAAUUCUUAGUGUUGUAUCUUUCCCCAACGUGUUAAGUCCUUGUGCAUCUCGUCCGAUCCAUGUUUAUACCACCAGUUUCUUGAAUGGAGACCUCCAGCCAGAUAAGCUCAUCAGCGGAGGAUUUGGACUUGGCUGCGGACGCACAUCAUUGGCAACUCGACUGGGUAAGUUCUCAUAUUGUAUUGGCAAUGUUUUAGAUCCUAACUAUAAUCCUAACAAAUUGGUUAUGGGAUUAACACCUUUGGAAGUGAUCGAUGGCAACUAUCAUGUUCUUCUUGAAGGCAUUAGUGUUGGAGAGAAAAAGCUUCCAAUAGAUCCUAAUAUAUUUAGAAGGAAAGGGGAGAACAGAUCACUGAUUCUUGUUCGGUUUCUACUUGGCUAG